AUGGACAACAUCGAACGCAGGAGACUGAAAGUACCGCAACUACCGAUUCCGACGUUGACCGAUGCCGCUUCGGCCGCCGCCUGGCGACAAACGUUGGUUCAGACGUUCGUGCUCCUCGACUACCACAACACACUGUACCAGCAGACGGCGCCCACAGGAUGGAAGUGGUCCAAGGCCGACUCGGAGGAAGUAACUUGGGAACAGCAGCAGUCUUGGGCUAUCGAUGUCUUCCUUUCGACGAUCGCAAAGGAGCACUACAAGAACCUCGCGAGCCAGAAGGAAACCGUCGCUGCGGCAUGGACCCGACUGAACGACAAGUUCAAGGCGUCGCAGGGCGAGAUCGCUGUGUAUUACCGACUGCCAACAUUGGAGCCUGGAUUUGACUCUGAACAGGCUGAAGCUCACCUCUCGCUCUUCGACCAGCGCUUCAUCCUCCUCACUGCGUGCGGAAUCAAGCUCACGGACGACAUGAAGGUUGGCAUGUUCGUCGGUAGUCUGCCGCCAGACUGGGACGCCGACUUCCUCAAGCAGAAGCGAACAUGGCCGAUGUACCGCAAGCGCUUCGAGUGGAUGACUGCACCCCACCGGUUGGGAAAGAAGAAGAGCGAUAAGCCAAGUGAAGCGCAGACGGACAAGCCGGCGGCAGUGGAUUCGGAUGCAAAGCCGGACCUCGGUGUCCCGGAGAAGCAGGAGAAGCCUUCCCAACUGCGACAGUCCUGGACUGAGAAGCGCCAGCAGCAGGAAGCUCAGCAGGAGCACGCUCGACCCAUCCGACAGCCUCGCCCGCCGCCGCAGGCCGAGGCCGACGGCUCGAGCUCGAAGACGCUCCGGCCUCAGCCGUCGCACUCAAAGCUUCGCAAGCCGAGCCAUGGCAACGGCGACAACGCGCACGGUGAAGGCUCUAGCUUAUUGAACCGCCGCGUCUCCACCUCCCGCUCCCACCCUCGACCUCAUCCUCCGCAUAAGCCUAAGCCGACAACGACACAGCCGAAGUCCGCCGCCCAGGCCGAUCCCGCUGGACCGAAGUUCAGCCAGUCGAACCCCUUCGACGUCCUCGGCGACAUGGACGGUGCCAGUGAGGCUGGCUCAAGCACGGCCGCUGCCUCCUCGUCUGCCGCCGCCGGCCGACUCCGAUCGAGUAACCGCCCCGGAUCGUCUGCCAGCUCGCACGCCGAAGCAGGACCCAGCCGACACCACCGCAAGAUGUCUCACUCGGAGGGCCGAGCGAGCCGCUCCAGCGACGUCGACCAGCUGGCCACGGGCAUGCAGGACCUGAGCACCGAGUACUGCACCAACUGCCAUGUGUCGGGGCACGACGUGUCGCGCUGCUACAAGCGAGCGUGGUGCUCGCACUGCCAGAUCCCCGGCCACCACGUGAGCAAGUGCCGCCGGAAAGCGAUGGGUGCGCCAAAGCGUCACAGGCGGAAGGGGGAGCAGCGCGAGGCAAUCGUGGAGGAGGAGGAGCUCGAGGAGGAUCCCGAGGUGCUCGUCGAGGCGGACCAUCUAUCUCUUAUCAAUCCCGCGACGCUCGCCGAGGCGUGCGACAGCGAAGAGGGGCCAUUCUGGAUCGAAGCGAUGGAGCUCGAGAAGGCCCGUCUCCUGCGAAACGGAACGAUAGAGGAGAGUGCGCUUCCCGAGGGCCAGCGCGCGGGCUUCACUGACUGGGCGUACUGCCGCCAGAUCAAGCGCGACUACGCCAAGUAUCGCUGCCGCGUGCACGGGCUGGAGGAGGAGCGCGGCGACGUGGCGGGCAGCAUCCCCGCUCUCCGCGUCAUCCUGUCCUACGGCGCGAGCCUGGGCAUGCGGUUCCGGCACCUCAGUGUUGACAUGAGUGUUCCCCUGGCGGAACCGGCGUACGUCAGCGCGCCGAACGGCGCGGGCGUGUGGAAGGUGAACAAGUUCCUGCGCGGUAUGAAGGGGAGUAGCAAGGCUCUGGACCGGGCGCUGCGCGACUGCCUCCUCGCGUGCGACUUCAAGAAGUGCAAGGAGGACGGCGUCUUCGUCCUCCUCUCGCCGCAGGGCCGUCCGCGCGCCAUCGUCUUCCAGCAAGGUGACGACGUGCUCGUCGCCUCGUGGACGGCGGGACUCAAGACCAUCGUGCCCGUGAUCAAGACGAAGAUUAAAGACUCGGGCGGCUCAGUCGACGACCUAGGCGACCCCGCGCUCUUCCUGGGCAUCGGCGUCGAGUGCUUCCCGCACAACUGCGAUGUGCUCCUGCAGCAGAACCACUACGUCGACCACAUCCUGGCGGGUGUGUCCGAGCUCUCCACAGUCGAGGACCGCACCUCGCCCCUUGCCCCGGGGACUUUGGAGGAGCUCGCGAGCGCGCCGCCCGAGACAGAGACCCCAGUGGACCGGAAGUGGUGGCGCAAGAUUCUGAACCAGCUCGGGUGGCUUGCGCGGUGUACCCGGCCCGACAUAGCUUUUGCCGUCGCGUACCUCUCGCGGUUCAGCAACAGCACGACGCUUGGCAAUGCGCACCGCGCCGCCCUCCUCAACCUCCUCGCGUAUCUGCGUGCGCGGCGCGAGUUUGAGUUCAAGCUCGGCAACGACGAGGACACGAGCGAGCCGCACUGCGCGCGCGCGUACAGCCACGGGUUCAUGGCGCCGGCCCUCGACGUGAGCCAUGUGGGGUGGGCUUUGCUUCUGGACGGAAGCACGGUGGACUGGGCGAGCCACAAGUCCUCGGUCGCGGCGACGGGGCUCGAGGCCGACCUGGUCGCACAGGGCGAGGCGGCGCACCGCCUCGUGUGGCUGCAUGACCUGCUUACUGAGCUUGGCGUGGUUGUGUCCCCGCACGGACUGCUGUUUGGGGACAACUGCGGCGUCGUCAACAACCAGGCCACGCUCGUUGAGGUCUUCAAGCGCAACAAGCACGUGCUCGCCGAGUACCAGUUCAUGCUCGACUUGGAGAGCAAGGAUCGCCUCAGGCUGCACGGGUGCGACGACGACCAGCCGGCCAAAAUGUGCUCCAUGCCCGUCACCGGCGCCGAGUUCAACCGCUACAGGCUCAUGUACGGGCUUGAGCGGCAGCUGGACAUCAGCCAGGUCGAGAUGAUGAAGGGCAAGACGAACGAGGAGGCACUCCACCAUCUGCUCUGGGAGGAGGACUCGGACGACGACGUCCGCAACGAGAACAAUGAACGCUACCCUGACGGCGUCGACGCCGCCAACGCGCCGACCGUCACGUAUACCACGACGCAGGGUCAGUAG